CCAACUAAUCUGAUAGGUCAAGUUCAUACGAUGUUUACUUUGUGGCGUUAUUAGCAAAAUGUGAAAAAAAAAUCAGUUUAAUAGCCGCGGUGAAGCGGUUUAUAACAUUAUUAUGAAUUUUAAUAUGUUCCUGUACGUUAUUUUAUUUUUAUUCAGUAGUGUACAGUGUUACAGUGAAGAAGAUCUAGGAUACAGUUUAAAUAUUGGAAAUGCUAUCGAUGUGUUUGCGAACUAUGGUGAUCUAUCCCAAGUCACGCAAGUCAUAUCAGCUGACUACGAGAGCGAAUAUGGGUCGGAUCCCAUAGUUCCGUUCAGCGAGAAAAACAUCAAAGUAUUCAAAAAUGUUACCAGCACAGAAAUCAAAGGUGACGCGGAUGGCAUCACUAACAUAGAACUGUUAAUAUGUGAAACAUUUGAAGAUCUCCUCGAUUCUUACUUUAAGCAUUUCAAAAUUGAAGGAACAGACAAACCCUGGAAAGCGUUCAUGGGAGACUGGAUUCACGAUGAAAUAAUGCGAACAUUCGGUAUAGAAUAUGAUCCCCAACCGGACUGCUGUUUUGUACUAAUAAAACUAACUAAAGUACAUAAAACUGUUAAACUGGGUAAUUUAGAAGGCGUUGCAGUUAAAGAUUACGUUAUGAGAGCUAUAGAAGAAUUGAAUAUGACAGAUACGGCUGAAGUAAGGAGGUUUAUGAAGAGUUAUGGAACGCAUUAUAUAGAUUCCUAUGUGACUGGGAAUGUUAUUUACCAGGUUUUCAAAUACAAGAGGCGUGGUUUCGAUAUGUUGCGUUCAUACAUCGCAAUGCGGAAUGCGGGAAGGGCUAAUAAUGCCAAUCUGCGUUUCUAUUUCUCCUCAUAUUUUCUCAAGCAAGUUGGAGAUAUAAGGGUAGCCAGCGGCAACAAGACAAUAGAAACUUGGGCCAGAAUGAAUCUGCGGGACGUUCAGUACCUAUACUCCAGACCAAGUCUUUUACGACUGAACUACAAUUCAGUUUUAGUCAACAAAUUAAAUAACUUAAUGGACCAAGGGGCUUUAAUAGGCCUUAAUCUUAAGACCUUAAGGCCUUUGUUCAAAGAUAGACGCAAAGCAGAUAGUUACGCUGAAGUAGUAGAAAAUGAUUUGCAACUAUGGGAAGUAAAUGCUUAGUUUAAUUUGUAUGUUUUUAGUCAAUUUAAAAUUAAAUUUUGUGGCAUUUAUGUUGUUUAAGUUAAUGUACCUAAUUGUUUAAUAGCCACUAUUGUUUUCAUUGGGCCGUUCAGAAGUUUAAUUUUUCUACUUUUUUGUGACUUAAAUAUAAAACUUAGUAAUGCGUUCCUUCUCUUAACACUACUUAAAUAAAUACUAUAAUAUGUAAAGAUCUACCUGAACACUGUAAAUACCAGUAUUUCAUUACAAUAAAACAAUAUAAUUA